AUGGACCUCAUGGGCGCCAGCCUGGCGCGCGGGCGGCAGCUCUGCGCCAGGGCCAGCCCCGAGCCAUGGAAGCACAACGAGACAAGGAACGAGGGGGGCUGCCCGAACGAGUGGCGGCCUUCGAACCAGCGCCAGAGAGAAAUCGACCGCUUCGGCGCCUGCAAGGCGUGCCGACUCGCCCGCAGGCGGCGCCGCGACGCUUGCGAGGCGGGGCUUCGCGCAGCUGGCAUCAACACACAGACGAGGCACAUCGUGAUCCAGGUCCCCAACCAGAGUAAGCCCCAUGAUGGGCACCAGAGCGACUGGAAGGGCGACGUGCAGCCCGAGGAGCAGAACGCGCCGCCCGACACGGACCUCGAAGCGGAGCGGCUCCUGGGCGAACCGCUAGACCUCGCGCGCCCUGCGCCGCCAGCGGUCGCCUACCCCACGGAGGUCUACCUGCAGGCGCGUGCAGAGGUGGCUACCCGAGCUGCUGCCGCACGCCGAGCCGAAGCAGCUGGCCAGGCGAAAGGCGAGCGCCAGACGGGGGGCGCAAAUGAGCACGAGCAGGAGGACGCGGAGGACAGCGACGCGGACUGCGAGGAACAGCUCGAGGAGGACCAGCCUGAGCCCGAGAACGACAGCAACAGCGCUGGGAGCAGCGCGAUCGAGAAGAGCGUGCAAGGCCAGGACGAUAAGGAGUGCGACACCUUCCAGAAGAACAAGGCGGCAGUCUGCGCCGCGCUCCGCGAUGCAGGCAUCGACGGGCCCAACGCCUACACCUUCGCCCACAUGGCCGCCCUGAACAUGCCCCUCCCAGCCAGGAUCGCCGAGAUCAUCGCAGCCUCCGCCCUCCGGAACACUGGCCACGUCGACACGUACGAGGCCCAGCGGAUCGGCGGCCACAUCGACACCUACGAGGCCCAGAAGACCGACGGCCACGUGAAGCAGAACGAGGCCCAGCGGAUCGGCGACCACGUCGACACGUACGAAGCCCAGUGGACCAACUGCCACGAGAAACAGGACACGAACGAGGUCCAGCGGAUCGGCGACCACGUCGACACGUACGAAGCCCAGUGGACCAACUGCCACGAGAAACAGGACACGAACGAGGCCCAGCGGAUCGACGACCACGUCGACACGCACGAGGCCCAGUGGAUCAGCGACCACGUCGACACGUACGAGGCCCAGCGGAUCGGCGGCCACGAGAAGAGCUAUGGGAGCGACUCCAAGGACGAGAAGGCAACGGGAGUGACCCCCAGAACGAGAAGGUACGACAAGGUGCGCUUCAACGAGGACCCAGAGAUCUACACCUUCGAGGCGGUGCCCGAAUCCCCAGAGACGGCCUCGGAGGACCAAUACGACACCGAGGACGAGGAGGAAGACCCAAAGAACGACACCGAGAACCUGCCCUACGACCCAGCCGGCCCAGCCAACGACGGCGACGCCCGCUACAACGACACGCCCCAGGAGAACGCCUCCGACGGCCUCAACGAGGCCUACGUGAGCAACCUCCUGGCGCUCAGGCACACGGCCCACCAGUACGCCACCUUCACCAUCGUCGACGCCCCCUCAGGGGUGAGCGUGAAGCCAUGGAAGCACAACGAGACAAGGAACGAGGGGGGCCGCCCGAACGAGUGGCGGCGGCCUUCGAACCAGCGCCAGAGAGAAAUCGACCGCUUCGGCGCCUGCAAGGCGCGCCGACUCGCCCGCAGGCGGCGCCGCGACGCUUGCGAGGCGGGGCUUCGCGCAGCUGGCAUCAACACACAGACGAGGUACAUCGUGAUCCAGGUCCCCAACCAGAGUAAGCCCCAUGAUGGGCACCAGAGCGACUGGAAGGGCGACGUGCAGCCCGAGGAGCAGAACGCGCCGCCCGACACGGACCUCGAAGCGGAGCGGUCUACCUGCAGGCGCGUGCAGAGGUGGCUACCCGAGCUGCUGCCGCACGCCGAGCCGAAGCAGCUGGCCAGGGGGGGCGCAAAUGAGCACGAGCAGGAGGACGCGGAGGACAGCGACGCGGACUGCGAGGAACAGCUCGGGGAGGACCAGCCUGAGCCCGAGAACGACAGCAACAGCGCUGGGAGCAGCGCGAUCGAGAAAAGCGUGCAAGGCCAGGACGAUCAGGAGUGCGACACCUUCCAGAAGAACAAGGCGGCAGUCUGCGUCGCGCUCCGCGAUGCAGGCAUCGACGGGCCCAACGCCUACACCCUCGCCCACAUGGCCGCCCUGAACAUGCCCCUCCCAGCCAGGAUCGCCGAGAUCAUCGCAGCCUCCGCCCUCCAGAACACCGGCCACGUCGACACGUACGAGGCCCAGCGGAUCGGCGGCCACAUCGACACCAACGAGGCCCAGAAGACCGACGGCCACGUGAAGCAGGACACGAACGAGGCCCAGCGGAUCGGCGACCACGUCGACACGUACGAAGCCCAGUGGACCAACUGCCACGAGAAACAGGACACGAACGAGGCCCAGCGGAUCGGCGACCACGUCGACACGUACGAAGCCCAGUGGACCAACUGCCACGAGAAACAGGACACGAACGAGGCCCAGCGGAUCGGCGACCACGUCGACACGUACGAAGCCCAGUGGACCAACUGCCACGAGAAACAGGACACGAACGAGGCCCAGCGGAUCGGCGACCACGUCGACACGUACGAAGCCCAGUGGACCAACUGCCACGAGAAACAGGACACGAACGAGGCCCAGCGGAUCGGCGACCACGUCGACACGUACGAAGCCCAGUGGACCAACUGCCACGAGAAACAGGACACGAACGAGGCCCAGCGGAUCGGCGACCACGUCGACACGCACGAGGCCCAGUGGAUCAGCGACCACGUCGACACGUACGAGGCCCAGCGGAUCGGCGGCCACGAGAAGAGCUAUGGGAGCGACUCCAAGGACGAGAAGGCAACGGGAGUGACCCCAAGAACGAGAAGGUACGACAAGGUACGCUUCAACGAGGACCCAGAGAUCUACACCUUCGAGGCGGUGCCCGAAUCCCCAGAGACGGCCUCGGAGAACCAAUACGACACCGAGGACGAGGAGGAAGACCCAGAGAACGACACCGAGAACCUGCCCUACGACCCAGCCGGCCCAGCCGACGACGGCGACGCCCGCUACAACGACGCGCCCCAGGAGAACGCCUCCGACGGCACCCAGCCUCUGCCCCGCAACAUGGUCCUCGGCCACGGCUCCGACCUCAACGACGGCCUCGAGGGCGCCGACUGCGUCAACGCCCUACAAGGCCUCAACGAGGCCUACGUGAGGAACCUCCUGGCGCUCAGGCACACGGCCCACCAGUAA